AUGACUUCUCCGCAUUUUAGACAUGCAAUGAAUGAAGAACUUGAGGCCAUGGAAGUCAACAGGACUUGGACUAUUGAAUCAUUGCCUCCUGGUAAGAACGUGGUGGGUUGUAAAUGGGUUUAUACGAUCAAGUAUAAGGCUGAUGGAACUAUAGAGCGGUAUAAAGCUCGUUUGGUUGCAAAGGGGUUCACACAGCAGGAGGGUGUGGAUUUCACUGAGAACUUUUCUCCUGUUGCCAAGCUCACAAGUGUGAAGCUUCUUCUUGCUUUGGCGGCUAUCAAAGGCUGGAGUCUCUUUCAAAUGGACGUGUCCAAUGCCUUCCUCCACAGUGAUUUGGAUGAAGAAAUCUACAUGAGUUUGCCACAGGGCUAUACACCUAGCUCCGGCUCUCUGCCUCCAAAUCCAGUAUGCCGUCUUCACAAGUCUUUGUAUGGCUUGAAACAAGCAUCACGGCAAUGGUAUCAUUGCUUAUCUGAUGUGCUUCUUCGCUCGGGUUUCAAGCAGUCUGCCUCGGACAACACACUUUUUGCCAAACAAGUUGGUGAAAAGUUCACUGCGGUGUUGGUCUACGUUGAUGAUAUCAUGAUUGCUAGUAACAGCGAGGAUGAAGUUACCUCUAUCAAAUCAUCUCUCAGCUCAGAGUUUAAGAUUAAAGACCUUGGCGAACUCCGAUUUUUCCUUGGCCUGGAGAUCGCUCGUUCUUCUCUUGGAAUCUCGGUGUGUCAACGGAAAUACGCUUUGAAUCUUUUAUCUGAUGUUGGUCUUCUGGGAUGCAAACCAAGCUCUGUUCCGAUGGAUCCCACCGUCAAACUAACGAAGGACUCAGGCACUGCACUCUCGGAUCCUACGUCUUAUCGAGCUUUGUCAGUUCAUGCAUUCCCGACGGAUGUGCAUCUUGCUGCUGCCCACAAGAUACUGCGUUAUCUCAAGAAUAAUACGGAUCAAGGUCUCUUCUACUCUGCUUCCUCACCAAUCUGUCUUAAUGCCUUCUCGGAUGCUGAUUGGGGGACAGAUACAGAGUCUCGCCGUUCUAUUACUGGGUAUUGUGUCUAUCUUGGCAAGUCUCUUAUCACCUGGAAAUCGAAGAAGCAGGAUGUGGUGAGCCGUAGCAGUACGGAGUCUGAAUAUCGGAGCAUGGCUCAAACUACUUGUGAGUUGCUUUGGCUGCAACAGUUGCUCACAUUUCUCCAGGUUGAGGUAUGCACCUCUGCGAAGCUUUUCUGUGAUAACAAGUCGGCUAUAUACAUCGCCACAAAUCCGGUGUUUCACGAGCGUACGAAACAUGUCGAGAUCGAUUGUCAUACCGUUCGUGAUCAAGUGAAGAAUGGUUUCUUGAAGUUGAUGUCUGUUGCCAGCGAGAAUCAACACGCUAACAUUCUCACUAAGCCGCUUCAUCCUGAUCUUGACCGUUACUUGUACAACACUUUGACGCAGAGAUCUGCUCUGGAGAUCUUGCAAGUGUUUUCAGCAGCUGAGCUUGACGAUAGAACAAGAGAGGUGGUGAUAAGAGGGCUCCACGAUCUACUCUGUGACCACACUUCAGGGAACGGGGAGCUAGACGUUGCGGAGAUCGAGAAUCUCCAGCCGUUGCUCAUCGUUUGCCUGCAAGAAGCAGGAAUGCCUGAGAACACGUUCAAGAUUCUCGCUCAGGUUGUGUACCACGUUGCAGUGGAGACAUUCAGCUUCGGGGAGGACCCGUGGUUCGAUCUUUGGGACUAUAUUGCAGAGAGUAAAAGAGAUUUCGAGAAAGCUGUUUACAUCUUCCAGUGCUUGACAAUGCGGUUAGAUGGUGGUGAUAAGGAAGAGUUUAUGAUUCGUGCUGUGAACAGUCUUGUUCCGGAGAUAAGCUCAAGGCUAAACCCACCGAGAGAGUUGUUGGAGAUUGAAGAGAAGAUGGUGGAGUCGGUGAGAGAGCUUGUGGAGAGAGGAAUGGAAGUUGGGCUUGUGAGGAGAGGUUUUAGAGAUGUUGAAAGCAUUGUGGAGCAACAGUGGGAUUGGUACAAGAACUGCGAAUUCAGAUUCGUUAAGGGUUUGAUUCGGAGGCUGUAUGAGAUCAAAGGCAUGAAAAUGGAGAGUAAGAUUGUUUUGUGGAGGAUCAGUGUGGUUCUCGAGAAGAGUGUUGGUGAAGAGUUUAGAAAAGCUUAA